CUUUGUGGAAUAGAGACUUGGACCCCCCCUCCCCCCCCAGAAUGGCAGCAGACCCAAUGGAGAUUGAUGAUUCACUAUACAGCCGUCAGCGGUACGUGCUGGGCGACAGUGCCAUGCAGCAGAUGGCCCAGUCCUGUGUGUUUCUCAGUGGACUGGGAGGACUGGGAAUUGAGAUUGCAAAGAACAUCACUCUAGCGGGAGUGAAGGCAGUGAUGCUCCAUGACACAAAGCAGUGUGAGAUGUGGGAUCUGGGCACCAACUUCUUCAUUCAUGAGGAGGAUGUCCUGAAACAGAGGAAAAGAGUGGAGGCAGUGCACUUGCGGGUAGCAGAACUGAACCCCUACGUCCAGGUGAACAUGUCCAGCUCCACCCUGGACGACAACACUGACCUCAGCUUUCUGAAAAACUACCAGUGUGUGAUUCUAACUGAAGCCAGACUCAAGCUGCAAAAGAAGGUGAAUGAUUUCUGCCACUCACAGCAGCCUCCAAUCAAAUUUAUUGGCUGUGAUGCAUACGGGAUCUGUGCGCGGGUGUUCUGUGACUUUGGCGACACUUUCGAGGUGUCGGACCCAACCGGAGAGGAGCCCAAGGAGGUGUUUAUACAGAACAUCACACAGGAUAACCCGGGGGUGGUGACCUGCAUGGACAGCCGUAACCACGGACUGCAGACGGGGCAGAGCGUGCUGUUCCGUGAGGUCCACGGCAUGACGGAGCUUAACGCAGCCAGCCGACAGGUCACCGUGUUGUCCCCUUAUAGCUUCUCUAUAGGAGACACAUCAGGGCUGCAGCCGUAUGCUCAUGGGGGGAUCUUCCUCCAGGUGAAGUCGCCGAAAACCUACAGCUUUCACACGAUGGAGGACCAGCUUUUGGAGCCUCAGGUUCUCACCCCUGAUUUCAGCAAACCAGAGGCUCCUCUGCAGCUCCACGCUACGCUGCUCGCCCUCGACUCAUUUCAGGAGCAACACCACAGACUGCCCGACGUUGGGUGUCUGCAGGACGCGGAGGUUUUGGUGAAGUUGACUGAGGAGGUAACAGAGACGCUGAAGGACAGGGUGCCCGUAAACCAGGAGCUGGCGUGCUGCGUGUCCCGGUCAGCGAGGGGCCUGCUGCCCCCCCUGGCGGCCACCAUCGGGGGCAUCGCCAGCCAGGAGGUCCUGAAGGCCCUGACGGGGAAAUUCGCCCCCCUGCAGCAGUGGUUCUACCUGGACGUUAUAGAGGUGGUGAAGCCACUGCAGUCUCUCCCUGCUGAGGAGUUUGCCCCAAAGGGGGACCGGUAUGAUGCCCUACGGGCCUGCAUUGGGGAGUCCAUGUGCCAGAAACUGCACCAGCUCCGGGUGUUCAUGGUGGGCUGUGGAGCCAUCGGUUGCGAGAUGCUGAAGAACCUCGCCCUGCUGGGAGUGGGUCUGGCGGACAGUUCCGGAGAGAUAUGCAUCACGGACCCAGAUCUGAUUGAAAAGUCCAACCUGAACCGGCAGUUUCUCUUCAGACCUCAUCACAUACAGAAAUCGAAAAGCACCACUGCUGCGGCUGCCACCCUGGAGAUCAACCCUCAGCUCCACAUCAACGCCCAGCUCCACAAGGUGGCUCCUGCAACGGAGGCCAUCUACAGUGACCAGUUCUUCUCCAGACUCCACCUGGUCAUCACGGCUCUGGACAACGUGGAGGCCAGGAGAUAUGUGGACAGUCGUAGCGUGUCGAACCAGAAGCCUCUCCUGGACUCUGGGACGAUGGGGACAAAAGGACACACAGAGAUAAUCGUGCCAAACCUGACCGAGUCCUACAACAGCCAUAGGGACCCUCCGGAUGAGGAGAUACCCUUCUGCACUUUGAAGUCAUUUCCUGCUGUCAUAGAGCACACGAUACAGUGGGCAAGAGAUAAGUUUGAAAGUGCGUUCACCCACAAGCCCUCCAUCUACAACAUAUUCUGGCAGUCGUACUCCUCUGCUGAGGAGGUGCUACAGAGGAUGAGGGCCAGGGAGAGUCUGGAGGGGUCAUUCCAGGUCAUCAAGCUGUUGAGCAGGAGGCCCACGCAGUGGCAUCAGUGCAUCGCCCUGGCGCGCCUCAAAUUCGACAAGUACUUCAAGAGAAAGGCACUGCAGCUCUUGCACUCGUUUCCAAUUGGCACCAGGCUGAAGGAUGGCAGUUUGUUUUGGCAGUCUCCGAAGCGACCCCCAUCCCCAAUAGAGUUUGACUUCAAGGAUCAUUUGCACUUCACAUUUGUUGUCAGCACUGCCAGACUCUUUGCUACCAUUUACAACAUCCCCUGCUCCGAGAAGGACAUGUCGCAGGAAGCAGUGGCCAAAAUCCUCUCUGAGAUUAAGGUCCCAGAAUACACACCUGCAGAGAAGGAUGCAUCACAGCGCAUCGAGACAGACGAGUCCGCCAAGAAACCAGACCACAUGAAGCUGACCGUCAGCAGCGAGGAGGAGAGGGAGGCUAUCAGCCAACUGGAGGGGGCUAUCGCUUCUAACGCGGUUACCCCAGAGCGCUUGCGCAUGUCCCCUGUCCUGUUCGAGAAGGACGAUGACUCCAACGGUCACAUGGACUUUGUGGCGUCCGCGUCUUCGCUGCGCGCCUGCAUGUACGGGAUUAAAGCGGCCGACCGACUCAAGACCAAGCGUAUCGCGGGAAAGAUCAUCCCCGCCAUCGCCACGGCGACUGCUGCCGUUGCUGGGCUGGUGGCACUAGAGGCCAUUAAAGUAGUGGGGGGCUACGACUUUGAGUCCUUCAAGAACUGCUUCUUCAACUUGGCCAUUCCAGUGGUGGUGCUGACAGAAACUGCCGAAGUCAAGAGCACCCAGAUCAGAGAAAACAUCUCGUUCUCCAUCUGGGACCGCUGGACCAUCCACGGUCACGAGGACUUCACCCUGUCUGACUUCAUGAACGCAGUCCGGGAGAAAUACGGCAUUGAGCCCACCAUGGUGGUCCACGGGGUGAAGAUGCUCUAUGUGCCAGUGAUGCCUGGACACAGCAAGCGGCUCAAACUGACAAUGCAGAAACUCAUCAAGCCCUCGUCGGAGAGGAGGUAUGUGGACUUGACGGUGUCCUUCGCUCCGGAGUCGGACGGAGACGAGGACCUGCCCGGCCCCCCAGUGAGGUACUGCUUCAGCCGGGAGGAGCCAGCUGAGAGGGCCUGACGAGCCCCGCCUCGCCCCCGGCCCCCGGCCCCCCGGCCCCCUGCCUCGCCCCCGGCCCCCCGGCCCCCUGCCCCGCCCUAUGGACCACUAGGAGAGUAGCACUUGACAUGACUGUACAUAGUUUUUCUACCGGUUUAUUUUACUGCAUAGCUUCGUCUGUGCUGAUGCUGAUGCCUUAAACAAUGUUGUGUUUCAUGCGAUACUGGUAAAGACGUGACAUAUUGAUGAUGGUGACGAUGAAAAUGAUAAAAUCAGUGUUGACACUUGGUUUGUUUGGGAAAGUUUCCAGGAGAGAAGAGAGAGAGGUGGGCCACAGGGGGAACUGAUGUGUUCUGUUUCAUUUUAAUUUUGUUUUGUUUUUUGUUUUUUUCUCCGUUGCUUAUAUUUGUAACGGGUAGCGUAAGUGCAAAUGAAUGCCUCCGAACCACCAAAGAUUGUCUUUUUUUUUUUUUUUUCUUGCCUUCAAGCGUUACAGUUUGCCUAUUUGUUCAAAAAAGUGAGCGAUAAAAAGAAGUGAGAAAGGGAGAGUGAAAAGAUGCUGGACUGUGAAUUCACUGCAAACUGUGUUGUUCGACAAGGCAGGAAACAAAGGGCCCCCUCCCCCCAGUCCAGAGCAGAGGUUUAUAGAACACUUACGGAUUUAAAGGGUCUCUGUAGCACAUUAAAGUACGACAUGCAGAACAGUCACAGACUGGGUGGAGCAGGGCCACAUCAGCCACAGGAGCUCCUGUCACCUGCACAACAUCGAUCUGCAUCAGUAUCUCACAGCUAUGCAGCCAACCAACAUCCACAAACUCUGUUGAAAAUGUAGGCCUUUUGAUUGUUUUAAAACUUUUUGUUUUAAUUUUCAGUAAGGUUGUGAUUAUUUAUGACAUUUAUAUAUCCUGUCUAUUUAUUUGCUUGUAAUUACUUGGCCUCCAACAUGAUUUUUGAGUAUGGGAAAUGGCCAGUGAUACUAGUCAAGGACAUUCUGUUGACAGUUCUGAGCUACAUUGUGUGUAUUGAGUUUCUCCAGGCUGUCCGGGCUCAACUUCUCCUGUUGUGUAAACCUCCUCAUGUAGGUCUGGGACUGACAAGUGACUGCUGUGUAAUGGAGCAACCUGCAUGCUCUUAAAAUGUGUAAUUAAGACUUGAGCUAGAUAAAUGAAGAAUUAAUUGGUCCGAACUCUUGAUAACGGUUCGGUUCUGUUUUUACUUUACUUAAAAAAAAAAAAAGUAAGAGCAGUGGUCAGCUUCUAGCUGUUGGCUGUUUCCGUGCCACAUUAUGGACACUAUCAAGAGGACCGAUCUUCAUCUUUAUCUUCAUCCAUCAGAUCCUGAAAUGCCACCAGAAGAGCACUAAUGCCUGGAAUGCUGCAGUGCUAACAAUAUAAUGGUUUCAUACUGUGUGCUAUAGCCUGUCAAAUAUAACAUACAAAUGCAAAUUAACCACUUUGCGCUGGAGGAAGCUGUAUUUUCUCCUGAAAUCAGUUGAUGGUUCAUACGUAUGAAUGCACCUGGCUUUGGAUCGAUGAUGUUCUUGCUUGCAGUGCAUUCACCCAUGUACACAGACUUGCUCCUGUGUCUCCCCUGUGUCUGUAGGGGUUUCUAUUGGCCAGUCCCUUUGAGCUUUUUUGACUUUAGUUGUCCACAUUCUUGGUGCCUAACUCUGUGCUGAUUCCCUGAUUAUUAGUCAGACAGUCAGACAACCAUAUUGCAGUAUAUUAAAUAAAUUGAUCCAUUGCAUAAGCAAGUUUUACCUAUUCGCUAUCUCUUGGAAAACUUUGCUGUUUCUGAGUUCACAUGGCAAAAAGGCAUGAGAUAUGGGUAAAUUACAAAAGAAAGCUACAUGCAUGGUGGCACAGUUUGGCUACUACCAUAAAGAUAGCACACCCCACUGGAUUAACGUUUGGGGAGUCCAGUCAAAGGGGAAAGAACUGCCAUCACCUGUGGCCACCAGUCACAGGGUAGAAGAGCUCAAAAUCCACAAUCCACAGUGGAUUUCCACAACCUCUGAAACCUUACAUGGGGCAUUAUCUUGGGUAGCUAUAGAUUCCUGUGUCACUCAUUCUAAACAAUCCUGUAACUUGUGGUCUCUGUAGAAAAAAUCAGAACAAAACAAAAAAAAACAAAUACAAGUGACUUUGAGCUCCUCGCUCAUUCAUUGCUCCAGUGAAUGCUUGGGGAUGAUCCACAUACAUGUUUCACAAACAGAAUCAAAAUUGAUGUCUAAAAUAUGCAGGAAGGGGCAUGCAGAACAAUGUCUGAUGUCCUCAGUUUUCUCACCCGAAAGCGACCAACUGGUUUUGCACACAUAUUUACUGAGGUGUUCAGCUUCCUUGUUGUGAAAAGAUGUCAAACAAAUGAGUAAAACAAGUGGUAUGAUGUUCCUUCAUGUGACAGACGGCUCAACAGAUGCUCCAAUAAACAUUUGUUUUCAUGAA